GGCCCCAUCAGCUGGUAGGAAAUGGCCUGUGAGUCAGAGGGGCAGCUGAGUCUGCGGCGCGGAGCCGGGGCGGCCCCGGGGAGGGACCGUCGCAGGGAGGGGUGCAAGAGCAGCUAGAGGGGCUGCGGACGCCAGAGCCCGCUAGUGUUGCACACGAAGCCGAUCAGAGAAGGGCCAAGCAGAGCAAGGCUCUCAGCCUAAGCCACCCUUUGUCUGGGUUGGGGGCCCGUAGUAGGGGGGACUGAUUAUCCGAGGGGAGGGACCGGGACGGGGACGGGACGGAAGGGCCCGGAGCAGCGGCCACCGCGGCGGAGCCAAUUUGGGAGCGGGGGUCCAACUGAGCCCAGGAGCUGCACGGAAUGGUGGCAGUCACCUUGCCAGUGCAGUGGGCAUGGACCGGACUGCAAGCUAGAGGGUCAAGACAUCCAACAGGAAGAGAGGACACGCGCCCAGGCUUGAGGCUUCUUCAUCGGGAUGUCCCCAGGCCCCCCAGCCCAGGCCCAGCAUAAAGGCCGUGUGGGGGGGCCCCCCUGACCCAAGGGGGGCUUCAUGCGCCACGUGCAGGCAGAGCUAUCUCCAUCCUCAGAGCCAGAGGCUGGCCCUUCACAGCCUCCAGUCAGACAGGGGACCCUCCAGGGUGGCCUGCUCAUGGGCUACAGCCCAGCAGGGGGGGCGACAUCCCCUGGGGUCUACCAGGUAUCCAUCUUUUCCCCUUCAGCUGGUGCCUCCGAGCCUCCUAGGGCUCUGAAGCGGCCGGCCCCUCCCACUGAGGGUCCCCGGGAGCUGAAGAGAGGCCCUGGGCUGGGAGCCAGAGAGGGACUACCUCCUGAAGAACCAUCUACUGUGGGACUCUUGAGCCCAGAGGGACUGGGUCUGGGACUGGGUGUGGCUAGCCAGCAUUUCUCCCACCAUGGCCUCUGUGUUGUGGAACAGGGAGGUAGUACCACCUCACCUUGGACUUCAGGGACCCAGAGUAUGCCCUGGCCCUCAUCAAAUGCUUCCUUCAAUACUUUGCACACCAGAGACUGGGCUUUCCCAGAUCAAGGGGGACAGGGGUGCCUGGGGGAGCCUCCAGGGCCAGCCCCUUCAGGCCAGCUGCACACACUUGACACUGAUUUGCACAAUCUUGCACAAAUAGGGGGUAAGAGCCCAGUGGCUAGGGUGGGCAAUGGGAGCAACCCCUGGCCGAGGGAGUCCCAUGGAACUGCCAAUGGGCGCAGUCCCGAGCACACACCCCCUGGCCCUGGCCCUCCAGGCCCCUGCCCCACCAAGCGAAGGCUGUUGCCUGCUGGAGAAGCCCUUGAUGUCAGCUCUGAGGAUGAGGGGCCAGCCCCUCGGAGGCGCCGGGGAACCCUGGGCUGCCCUCUUGCUGCCAAUAGUUCUGAUGCCAAAGCCACACCCUUCUGGAGCCAUCUGCUGCCUGGGCCCAAGGAGCCUGUUUUGGACCCAACAGACUGCAGUCCCGUGGGGCGGAGGCUGAAAGGCGCCCGUCGCCUGAAGCUAAGCUCCCUUCGAACUCUCCGGAAGGGGCCAGGCCUGCUGAGCCCUCCCAGUGCCUCCCCCUUCCCCACCCCUGCUGUCAGCCACACCCUGCUGGGCAACUUUGAGGAAUCAUUGCUUCGAGGACGCUUUGCACCAUCUGGCCACAUUGAGGGCUUUACUGCAGAGAUUGGAGCCAGUGGGUCUUAUUGUCCCCAACAUGUCACUCUGCCCGUCGCUGUCACCUUUUUCGAUGUUUCUGAGCAAAAUGCGCCGGCCCCCUUCCUGGGAGUCGUGGACCUGAAUCCUCUGGGGAGGAAGGGUUACAGUGUGCCCAAGGUGGGCACCAUCCAAGUGACCUUAUUUAACCCCAACCAGACUGUGGUGAAGAUGUUCCUUGUGACCUUUGACUUCUCGGACAUGCCUGCUGCCCACAUGACCUUCCUGCGCCAUCGCCUCUUCUUGGUGCCUGUGGGUGAGGAGGGAAAUGCUAGCCCCACCCACCGCCUCCUCUGCUACUUGCUGCACCUCAGGUUCCGGAGCUCUCGCUCAGGCCGCUUAAGCCUGCAUGGAGAUAUCCGCCUGCUUUUUUCCCGCCGGAGCCUGGAGCUGGACACAGGGCUCCCCUAUGAACUACAGGCUGUGACUGAGGCCCCCCAUAAUCCACGUUAUUCACCUUUGCCCUGAUCGCAAGCAUCCUGAACCUAGGUGGGCCCAAAGCCUGCCUGUCCUGCCAUCCUGGACAGGGUAAACUGUGGAGAAAUGGCGAGAGCCCCCUUCAGGCUUGAAUUAAAGUCCUCAUCACGCUCACGCCCAAAUUGACUAUUUGGGUGUUUAAAGCUUCGGUCCUUCCAUACCCUGUCUGCUCUGGGUACUCCGUGUGCCUGUCCCCUCCCUUGGGUUUCCCAGGCCAGCUUAGGUAGUAGGGAGGAGCCAGAGCUACCUUGAGAUUGUCCCAAGUUCCCAGGCAAGUAAUGCCAGCAUUGCCUCCCUGUCCUGGGCAGGGGCCACUUAUUAUUUUAUUUAUUUUUAAUUUAUAAUUUAUUCAAAUUGGAUUGCCUUGGUGACCUCCCAAACCUGAUCAUUGGCAUCACCCCACUCUCAGAUAUUGCUCCAACCUCAGGACUUGAAGAAGCUGAUGUCGGGGCAAGGGGAGAGCUGCUCUCCUCUGGCUAAGGGCAGAGGGUUUAUUCCAGAGGAACUGAGUCACUUAGCCAAAGACUCAGCUUCCCUCAGCUUUCUCUAUUCCUUUUCCUUUCCCUGACCUUCAACCCAUCUUCGAAAGCCAGUGUGUGUGUGUGUGUGUGUGUGUGUGUGUGUGUGUGUGUGUGUGUGUACAGCUGUGUGCGUGCAUACAAACUUGGGUUUGUGUAGGGUGUGUGUGUGAGAGAGAGACAGAAUGUGCAUGUAUGUGUAACACAGGGGUUUAAGCACCUCUUACCUAGGGCUCAGACUCAGUUGUCCCUCUUCUCCUGCCUGUGUCUCCUUGCUUUGGCGUCCUGACUGAGGAAGGUGUCCAGGGACAGAGUCAGGCCUAAGGACUGGGGAACCUCCUCUCACCUGACCAGACUCUGACCCACCUACCUCAGCUGGGAUGAGGGGUGCCCCUCAUUCAGUCACAUGGUUCCCAGUUACUCCACUCCUCACUUAAGACUCUGACCCAGCCUCAACCCUUAACUCUUGGGGCUUGGCUGAGGGGAACAAGCAUUUGCUGAAACUUGAAAAACAAAACAAACAAACAAAAAAAAUAGGAAAAAUUGUACCUGGUACAUUUUUUAAGGAGAAAAAUAAAGAAUAAAUUCUUGUUUGGAAACUUGAA